AGUAUCUGAGUUUUGGAAGUUCAUCUCCUUCCCCCACUUUCUUCGUUUGGCUUUUGUUUAUUUAUGGCGAAAACCGCAACCUGAUUCAAACGUGGCGCUUAGGGUUCUGAUUUUGGAUUUUCCGUUAAUGGCUGAGCCCAGACGAAACGACCUCGGAAUUCCUUCUGGCUUGAAUCGGAUCAAAACUCGUCCGGUUUCUACUAAAUCGGAGGAGUCGAACGAGUCAAGCAGUUCAAAACCUCCUUUGAAGCAGCAGAACCAGAAAACCGUUCCUCCAGGACAUGGAAAGAUGCUUGGUUUAUCCAAGGAAGUGGAGCGUAAAGGAAACAAGAUAUCUCGGUGGUUCACCUCAUAUAUUUCAAAGAAUUCCAAUGAUGUUUCCAGUGUUGAGAAUGGUAGCUCCGAAGUUAAGAUGCAUGAGAAAGAGGAAACAACAAGAAUUAAAGUUGGCAGCAAUGGCAAUCUGCAGAAUGGAAAGCAAUCUUCAGCAGAUGUUGUAAGUGGUGGCAAAGCUUCAAAAACUCUGAAGAGUUUUUCACAUGAAUUAGGACCUAAGGGUGGAAUUCAAUCUGCCCAUCCUCGGGUCCAUAGUUAUGGUGAUUUGAAGGAGCUAUUGGGUUCAUUACAUUCAAGUUUUGAUGCUGCUAAAGAGGUGGUUAAUGCAGAGCUGUCUAGUUUUUGUAGGGAUGUUAUGGAUGUUAUGGGAGUCAUUGAGUCCUCAUCUCUGGAGGGUCACAAAAUGGCACAAGAUCUUCUGGUUCUUGCUCAACAAUGUAUUGAAAUGAUUUCUUCUCAGUUUCGUGCCAAGUGUGAAACAAUUGUACAAGAUCUGACUGAGAAAAGGCAAUGUUGUCAAACAGGAUUAGUGAAAUGGCUGUUUACACGAAUGCUUUUUAUUUUGACACGGUGCACAAGACUACUUCUGUUUCAAAAAGAGAAAGAACCAAUUGAUGAGAAAUCUCUUAAUAAAUUUAAGAAAUGUUUAGAAAGUGUUCCUGCUGUUGAAAGUAGCUGGGUGCCUAAUCGUGAAAUUUCCAAGUCUGGUUCAUCUAAUACUUUCUAUCAGAGGGCCAGUAGACCCAUAUUACAGGGAAAAAAUAAGGAAUCUUCUUUCCUAGAGCCAACCUGGCCAGCUGAACAGAUUGAUGCAACUUGUACAACAGAUUCCAUUAUUACCAGAGAAAAAUCACUUCCAAAUAGAUCCCAACUUGAUUCUGUAUCGCAGGAGCAACAAUUUCACCAAGCUGAUGGCAAUCUUAUUGGAAAGUCAGCCAAUAGUUCCACUUGUAGUUCUCUCCAUGAGCACAAACAAACUUUAGAUGCUUCACUUGUUGAGUCAGAACGUACUUUAGAUGAAUCUGGUUCAGUAAUCUGUAGGAUUUGUGAGGAAGCUGUUCCUAUUACUCAUUUAGAAUCCCAUUCUUAUAUAUGUGCAUAUGCAGAUAAGUGUGCUUUAAAUUGUAUAGAUGUAGAUGAGCGUCUAGUAAAGCUUGCAGAAAUACUGGAACAGAUAAUUGAGUCACGGAAUUUGAGUUCUCAGCCUUCCAUUGGAAGCCCUGAAAAUUUGAGAUUACAAAAUUCAAAUUCUACAGUUAUAUUAGAUGGUUAUUCUCCAAAGAUAAGUGAGUGGCGGAAUAAGGGUGUUGAAGGAAUGUUUGAAGAUAUACAUGAGAUGGACACUGCCUGUAUAGAUGAUUCUCAUCCAACCUCUAUUGACUUCAAGGUUCAUUUGGGAAUGAGGCUUGGGAACUAUGGUGCUUCAUCCUCAACUGGGAGCAUAACGUCAGUAUCCUCCAUGAAUACUCCAAAAGCAGGUCACUUCGAUUAUUUCUGGUUGGAACGUAACAAUCCAUCUGAACAAGAGGAUAUGCAACAGAUGAUUGACCUUGCAGAUAUAGCCCGUUGUGUGGCAAGUACUGAUCUUACAAAAGAAGGGUCUCAUGAAUUCUUGCUUGCCUGUAUGCAAGACUUGCUGGAUAUUUUACAACAUAGCAAGCUUAGAGCUCUAGUCAUUGACACUUUUGGAGGCAGAAUAGAAAAAUUACUGAGGGAAAAAUAUAUUCUCGCUUGUGAAGUGAUGGAUGUAAAAGGUUCAGCAAGUUAUAGCGAACAAAAGGAAAAUUGCAGACUUCUAUCUGAUAAUGCUUCUCAAAGUAGUACAAUGUCGACUGCUUUACACAGAGAGAGGACAAGCAUUGAUGACUUUGAGAUCCUCAAACCAAUUAGCAAAGGUGCAUUCGGUAAAGUCUUUCUUGCACGCAAACGAACAACAGGGGACUUAUUUGCAAUAAAGGUUCUCAAGAAAUUGGAUAUGAUACGCAAAAAUGAUAUUGAGCGUAUAUUGGCUGAGCGUUAUAUACUCAUAACAGUUCGUAACCCUUUUGUGGUCCGAUUCUUUUAUUCAUUCACUUGUAGAGAUAACCUUUAUUUGGUUAUGGAAUAUCUCAAUGGAGGUGAUCUUUACUCUUUACUAAGAAAAGUUGGUUGCCUUGAGGAAGAAGUCGCUCGUACAUAUAUAGCAGAACUGGUUCUUGCUUUGGAAUACCUCCAUUCGCUUGGAAUUGUACAUCGUGACUUGAAGCCAGAUAACAUACUAAUUGCACAUGAUGGACACAUCAAGCUUACAGACUUUGGGUUAUCAAAAAUUGGCCUCAUAAACAACACAAUUGAGUUAUCUGGGCCCAAGGUAAGUGGAGCUGGGUCAGCAGAUGCCAAUAAUCUACAGGCUCAACAAACAGAGGACAGAAGUCGACACUCAGCUGUUGGGACACCUGACUACCUGGCCCCUGAAAUUCUUCUUGGAACUGAGCAUGGUUAUGCAGCAGACUGGUGGUCCGUGGGAAUAAUCUUGUUUGAGUUUAUAACUGGAAUUCCACCUUUCACUGCUGAACGCCCAGAGCUUAUCUUUGACAACAUACUUAGCAGACAAAUUCCCUGGCCUUCAGUUCCUGAUGACAUGUCCUAUGAGGCUCAAGAUUUGAUUAACAGGUUUCUUAUCCAUGACCCAAAUGAGCGGCUGGGAGCAAAUGGAUCAGCAGAGGUUGUACUUCAUUCCCACUUCUUCUGACAGAAGUUAAAAGUUUCUGUCUCCGCAAAAUGAAAAUAUGAAGGAGGAACAUGGUAAAUAUUAAUUUGGUUUCUCUUACGAGAAUAAUCUUACAGGUAAAAGCACAUGCUUUCUUUGAGGGAGUUAACUGGGAUAGCCUUGCUAUGCAAAAGGCUGUUUUUGUUCCAAACCCUGACAGUGCAGAUGACACAAGCUAUUUCGUAUCACGCUUUAAUCAUAUUUCUGGAAUCCCAGAGGAUCAUAAUGGUAGUUAUUCCAAUAGUGAUGCUUGUACCUCAGACUCAAAUUCAGAAGUUGAGAAUGAUGGAUGUGGUGACCUGGCAGUUUUUGAUUCCUCCCCUCUUAAUCUCUCAUUGAUAAACUUCUCUUUCAAGAAUUUGUCUCAGUUGGCUUCAAUCAAUCACGAUGUGCUCUUACAAACUGGGAAGGAUUCAGCCAAGUGUUCCCCAUCGAGGGGUUUAGGGACUUAAGCUUAUUUUUAAUUUUAGUUUCAAAAGUACAUUAUAGGAAUCAUCUUUCAUGAUGAUUUUCUGUCCCAGCAACCUAGAAAAAUGAAAAUAAAAAGUUUUAGUUUAUUUUCCGUGUAAAUCAUAUUUUUCAGGAAUCCAUCUUCUGAUGUAAAUGAGCUAGAAAAGGGAAAGAAAAUCUGUGACAUGGAAACACUCGAGUUAUAGUAUUAUCCUUCUAAAGAAAUGAAAGGAUUUUUGUCAU